AUUGAGGCUGACCGUAGAUGCGCUGGAUAUAUGUAUGCUCCUGGGUUAUGUUGUCGCGGUCAUGCUUCUCUUUGAUUGCAUUCUCUUGUCGUAAGACAUGCCUAUACCGUUCGUCCAUCAUCUCGUCAAACAUGCAGAUACAAACAUCCCUGAUGAGGAGCAGAGUCUCACCAGAGCUAGCCAGAGCCAGCUUUCAAUACAGAGCAUCACUUCCAACCAACAGCACCACUCUCACACCAUAGGUCGCAGACGGCCAACCAGUAUCCGGGGCCGGGUCGCCUCUUAUAUGAGACGGAACACCCCACAGCAAUCACCCCUAGAAGAAUGGGAACACUGGGCAACCACCAACCUGGCAGACCGGUCAAUAAAUACCACCACCAUGCGCACAAUAACACAAAAGUACGGCGAAAUCAGCCGUAUAACCGCGGUCAGCGCACACGCAGUCAUCCUCCAGCUACACAAGGAACAGUACUGCCCACCACUCGACUGUUUCUAUGCCAUGAAGCUCUUCUGGCAAAGCCCCCGCCAGACCAAACACGAGUACGAGAAGCGCGUACUGGCUGAGUUCGCCAUCCUCUCGCAGCUCCACCACAAGAAUAUCAUAACGACAUUCGAGCUGAUGCCCUUGAGCACCGCGGGCCCUCUCUACGCCUGCUGCAUGGAAUACUGCGCCGGCGGCGACCUGCACUCGCUGAUCGUCGCCUCGAACAGUCUCCGCCCUGCCGAAGCCGACUGUCUAUUCAAGCAGCUUAUCCGUGGCCUCGCCUAUCUCCACGAAGAGGGUAUCGCACACCGCGAUCUCAAGCCCGAGAACCUCCUGCUCACGCAUCGCGGCUGCCUCAAGAUCUGCGACUUUGGCACCGCCGAGCGCUUCUACUCCAAGGGAGACGAGCACAUCCGAUUCUCCACCGAGCGGCGCGGUUCGGCGCCGUAUAUCUCACCGGAGCAGCAUCUCGGGCAGGGAUUUGAUCCGAGAGCCGCGGACGUCUGGGCUGCGGCUGUCAUCUACAUUGCCAUGCGAAGCGGGCGGAACGUGUGGAAGGAGGCGACAAGCAGGGACGAGCGCUUUGAGGAGUUUGCUUGGAAGCGCGCAAUGGGGAAGAGGAGUAGUGUUGUGGAGGAUCUGUGCCAGGUUUGUGAUUUCCUCCUUCUCCCUUAGACAGUGCCGGCUGAUCCUCUGCACGUAGUACGAGAGCCGCAGUAUUCUGUACGGCAUGCUGAGUAUCGACCAACAGGACAGGCCAGGAGCACUGGAGGUUCUCACUUCAACGUGGCUCGAGAGUGUUUAUUGCUGUGUCGCAACCGGGUGAGUUCUUGUUGUCAGACUAGUUUGAUGAUAGGUACAUGUAGCAUGGUCUUCUCCAGAGAGUUCUUGUAUCGGUUUUACCAUUUUGAUUAGACCAUGCGUAGUAUAUCACUUUAGGAGGAGCAGCUCGCCAGACCAUGCCUAGCCAUAUACUAUCCUAUCCCAAAACGACCUCUUGGCCUUCUCAGGCGGAUAA